AUGGUUCUUAUGAUGCUCAUGAGUCUACUUACCGACACAAUGCGAAGAUACCUUCCAACGCCGACCGUCCGAAAGAUCUUCUUCUCAGUUUCAAGCAUUUUGACCGUCUUGUUCAUGGUCGGAAUCACCUUCUAUCCUUGCUGGGAAAACUUUAUCUUUAUUUCGAUCAUGAUUUGCUGUUUUCUAUGCUCGGCAAUUUUGACAUGCGCUUGCAAGCCGAUCGCGAAUGAAAUGGGUGGCAAAUAUGCGGCGCAGAUUUAUGCCUUUUCGAACUCGAUUUCGCAAAUUGCUGGAAUCAUCGCGCCGAUUCUUAUUGGAAGAAUGCUGAGCAAAGGCCCAAUCGACCAAUUUGAAACUUGGAUCAACCCUGGCCUCUCUGUUAUCGCCAUUACAGUUCUUGGAAUGAUCGGAUUUCAACUUGCUACACUCACUUUGCUGCCUUUCACUUCUGAUACAAAAGAAGAGUCGAAGCUUUUGCAAGAAAAUAUGAAAAAUAUAUUUGUGGAGCAGUAA